AUGGCACCCAGCAAAGGCGUGGAUUAUACGCUGAACCUGGACGGUCUACCACAGCUCGGCCUUGCACAAACCCGUUCGGCCAAUACUUCACAAGCGAAUUCGCCCGGGGAGACGCCUGCUGGCUCAGGUCUCCGGUAUCCACUAGGCAGUGGUCUCGCAGGCGUGGCAGCACAAUCAGCCAUCGGAAGGAACGGAGCUGGAUCUCCGUCGAAGGAAUAUGGGAGCCGCUUGUUCCCCAAAAGGGCUCGUGAAAUUCAGCAGCAGGAAGGGCUUUCGCCGCAAAUAUGGGGCCCGCCACCGACUGGCAGUGGUCAUUCUACGCCUUUGCGGGAGACAAUCCCCGAGUCUCCUGGCAGCGACAGUUUCCCGGACUUUGAUGCCGAUCAAACAGGUCUGGGUACCAGUGUGCUAGACACGCUGCCACGGCGGACUCGGGCUGGCACAGUCCCAUCAAGAUUUCCAGCACCUCAUUCUCUGGGAAGCUCGCAAUCAUCGGCGACCCGAUCGGCUCGUGUUACACCUGUGCCAAGUCCUUUCCAAGGUGGUUCCCCACAUAGCCUUCAUGAGCCUCAGGGAAUCAACGUGCUGCCUGCAAGCAAUGCGACCCUGCUUUCGCGCCUGCGUGCAGGUUCUAUGCCUCAGCGCAACAGCAUUCUAGGCGGUAAUAACCCAUUUGGAAACUCAGUAUUCAUGAGCAACUGGACACCGAUCAGAGACCGCGCGGAUACCUUGCAAAGUAUCAGGUCGUCUGAAGGUCCAUCGUCGCCGAGAGACGGUCCAGUUGAAGGUGACGUGCGCACCUUGGACUAUUUGGGACUCGUUGACACGCCACAAUCAGCUCGCCCAGCCGGCUUGUCUCGAUCGGAUCUUGAAGCGCUCGUAAGUCAGCAAAGAGCCACAAGUGGAAUGACUAUUGCAGAUCUCGCAUCGCAUAAUGCGUUCAUCAACAAGAACACUGCAAACCGAUUUCGAUCGUACUCGGUGAACGCAAAGGAAAAGUACGCCGACGUUGACGACGAUGAUUCGGAUCCAUACGACGGACAACAAAUAUACACAGAUGAGGCUGCCGCGCAGGCCGCGGCGAUACACGAGGCUGUCCGUCAACACAACCUUGACGUGCAGGCUUUCGCCAACUUCGCAAGUGCUAAUCGUCCACGAGCGCGAACUGCCGGAGUGUUGGACUCACCAUUGUCUCGAGGAAUCCGCAAUCAACAGUUGCCUGGGCCUUCUAGACUAGAGAGCAGCAUCACAGCAGCAGAUCUUCAAAAUGAGAUCGAAUCUGAUUACACCGGGUUGGCGCAUGCCGUGCACACAAUGAAGCUCGCUCCCAAAGGCCCUUUCGAGGCUGCCCUGGACCCAAAUAACCUCGAAACUCCCACAAGAGCACUUUGGCUUGGCAGCAUCCCUCCCUCCACUACGGUAUCUUCAUUGAACGUCAUAUUCGGACCAUUCGGACCAAUCGAGUUCGCCCGUGUCCUUACCCACAAAAGCUGUGGUUUCGUCAAUUUCGAAAACGUUCAAAGCGCCAUCGCUGCCAAAAAUCAGUAUAACGGCAAGGAUAUAUUCCCUGGCAGUGGACCCAUUAGAGUGGGCUUCGCAAAAGAGCAGAGCGCUUCAAAUACACCUGGUGCAAAUGGGGCCUUCCCAUCGCCAAGCCCUGAUCCGUUUGCGACAAAGACUCGUUCCGACGAUUCUGCUCUCAGAACAUCAGCGCUGCCGGUCGACGUCAAUGCACAGACGGCAGCUGCUGCGCUUGUCACUCCGAGACUUGCUGAUUUGCAGGAAGAAGUUUUCAGCAUCGUACAGCAGUUCGGCGCGACUGCCGAUGAUCAUCCUAGCAUCGCAGAGAAACUCAAUGCUGCUGUGAGCUUCAACGAUUUCGUUGCGGAGAUUCCCGUUGUUGCAGAGCCAGGUCACACUCGCGUCCAUGAUGCUCCGCGCCUUCGCGAAAUUCGAAAGCGCAUAGACAACAACUCCUGCAGUCCAGCCGAAAUUGAAGGCAUUGCCAUCGAGAUGAUCCCCGAGAUUGCUGAGCUCUCCUCCGAUUAUCUCGGCAACACCGUGGUGCAGAAGCUGUUCGAGCAUUGUACCGAAGAGACCAAGGAAGCAAUGCUCACAGAGAUUGCCCCACACCUGGCGGAGAUUGGCGUGCACAAGAAUGGUACAUGGGCAGCACAAAAGAUUAUUGAUGUGGCCCGCACCGAGAAACAAAUGCGUCUUAUUGCAGACGCGCUCCGGCCGCACAGCGUCAACCUUUUCUUGGACCAAUACGGAAAUUACGUCAUGCAGUGUUGCCUGCGCUUCGAAUCACCCAUGAAUGGAUUUAUCUUCGACACCAUGCUCAGCCGGCUCUGGGAUGUCGCUCAAGGCCGAUUUGGCGCCCGUGCUAUGCGUGCAUGCUUGGAGAGUCAUCAUGCCACGAAUGACCAGAGGAGGCUCAUGGCUGCAGCGAUUGCGUUGCAUAGUGUGCAACUCGCAACAAACUCCAACGGCGCGCUACUUUUGACCUGGUUUUUGGACACAUGCACAUUUCCGCGACGACGAUCUGUCCUCGCACCGAGACUCAUUGCGCACCUCGUGCACCUCUGCACGCACAAAGUGGCGUAUCUAACGGUCUUGAAGGUCAUUAAUCAGCGCGGUGAGCCGGAGGCCCGCGAUGCUAUCCUCCGUGCUCUGUUUUUCGACGAGAAAACGCUUACAGACAUUGUCAACGAUCAUUCCUGCGGUGCUACGCUCAUCUUCAAAGUCUUGACAACCCCUUUCUUGGAUGAAAACAUCCGCUCCGAGUGCAUCGAGAAUGUCCGCAAUGUUUUGCUUCGUAUCAAGGCGCAGCCUUCUCAAGGCUACAAGCGCCUCAUGGAUGAAGUUGGCCUCUCAACUCGC